AUGGAGAGGCUUGACUGCACGGAACGAAAGCUACUUAGACGGCUUCUUGGCUACUUUUGGCCUAGGGUAUGUCACAGUGAAGAUCUUUACGCAGAGAUUGAUAUGGUAUACCGGCGGAUGACACGUGGAAAACAUCAACAUCUUGCACCGCCAUCGAAAGUGGCUAAAGUAAAUCGUCUUCGCUUCUUUGGUCAUGUAUUAAGAAGACCGGCAGAUCGCCUUGUUCAACGAGUUCUGAGGAGUUCGUCGGUUUCGAGCAGGAAGAAGCCACCUGGCCGAAAACGGAAGUUCUGGACUGAGGUGGUAAAAGAGGACCUGAGGACACUCGGCGUGGAUAGGCAGUUCAGGCGAGACUUAAAGUUUUGCGGGACAUGGGACGAAUAG